GGCCAUGAAUCCUUCGAAGACUUAUCAAUGCUUGUCAUGUCGGCUCAAGUCAACCGUCACCCAAUCUGCCAGCAAUGUCCGCCGCUCGUUCUCCUCCACGCCCAUCGAGCAAGCCCGAAAACGAACAACACGAAGUCGCUAUCCGAACAUCAAAGCCGAAGACCUGGGAAUUGCAUCCACGCGACAAUCUGAAGUCGAUGCUCUCGCGGAUCACUUAAGACCGUACACCGCACGCGAGAAGAAGUUGCUGGCGAUGAAGUACACCCCGGAGCAGAUGGCAGCCAUUGAAGCAGGAGAGAAGGCGAUCGAUGCGACAGAUAUGAUGACCCAAGGACGGUUCCGCUCAGAUCCCAUGCGCAUCGAUUACAUUGACGACUUUGCGACCGUACGACCGAUCGUGGAUAAGGCACCUCACGGAAUCGAUGCCGAGAUGCAUGCAGAGCUCACGCCAGGCGCACAACCUGUGACCGAUGCCAUGAGCUCUCAACACCGAGAGAAGUCGGCGAGAUCGGACAAAAAGCAGGCAGACGAGAAGACGGAAGAAGACCAGCAUCUGCUACGGCUUUGCCAACAGACUGGGCUCACACCGCAGGAAAUCCGCAGAAUUCGAGUCAAGAAUUUGGUUACACAUCGCGUGGUCAACCAGACAAGAAUGGGCAAGAUUGCAAGUCUGUACUUUUUGACCAUCGCGGGAAACCAAGAAGGCAUGCUGGGCAUUGGGGAGGGCAAAGCUGCAGAAGACGAAGACGGACGGCGGCAGGCGAUGAUGAACGCUAUCAGGAACAUGAAGCCGAUUCCGCGAUACGAGGAGAGGACGAUCUUUGGUGAAGUGGAGGCGAAAGUGGGCGCAAGUGUCGUCAAGCUGUCUGCAAGACCGCCAGGCUUCGGCAAUCGCUGCCAAUCUCUGAUAUUUGAGUUGGCUCGAGCAGCCGGUAUUCACGACCUCGCAGCUCGGACGCCUCGAUCAAGGAACAAGAUGAAUGUGGUCAAAGCUGCUUUCGAAGCUCUGACCAACCAGCGUUUGCCUGAGGAUGUUGCGCGAGCAAGAGGAAGGAAGCUGGUGGAUGUACGGGGUGUAUACUAUGGCGGUCUUGUAAAAUAG